AUGUUGCAGGCAAUCAAGUACAGCGAGGGUCGCCUCGAGAUCCUCGAUCAGCUACAACUUCCCUUCGUCGAGAAAUACUUCCCCGUCCGAACGGCCGAGGAUGGCUGGCACGCCAUCAAGAAGAUGCAAGUGCGCGGUGCUCCCGCCAUUGCCAUCGUAGCCAUGCUAGCCCUCGCCUCGGAGCUGACCACCCUGAUGGCCACCGGUGACGUUCCAGCAGAGGCCCAGGAGGCCCGGCAUUUUAUAUCGGAGAAAUUGCAAUAUUUGGUCACCAGCCGGCCAACGGCAGUCAACUUGAGUGACGCUGUUCGCAAGCUGGAGACGGUGAUCACUGACCAGGCUCAGCAGCCUGCUUCGACCGGCCAUGCUGUUGCGACAGCUUUUAUCCGGGCGGCGGAGGAGAUGCUCGGGAAAGAUCUGGAGGAUAACCAACGGAUCGGAGAGCAUGGAGCGGGUUGGAUCAUGACCCAUGCGAGUGCUGGUAGUCCGACAGUUGCCAUUCUGACCCAUUGCAACACGGGUUCUCUCGCUACAUCGGGCUAUGGAACCGCAUUGGGCGUGAUCCGUUCAUUGGCGUCGAAAAACGUCUUGCGCCGGGCCUAUUGCACAGAGACACGACCUUACAACCAGGGAUCUCGCUUGACAGCCUUCGAGUUGGUCCAUGACAACAUCCCCGCUACGCUGGUUACGGAUUCGAUGGCAGCAGCUCUACUGGCAGGCGAUGCUGGCGUGAGUGCUAUCGUAGUCGGCGCCGACCGAGUGGCGGCCAACGGAGACACGGCAAAUAAAAUUGGUACAUAUGGCUUGGCGGUUUUAGCAAAGCAUCAUGGGGUUAAGUUCCUGGUCGCCGCACCGCGGACAACCAUCGAUCUGGCCACAAAAUCCGGCAACGAUAUCAUUAUUGAACAACGCCCCGGGGCAGAGGUGACCAGCAUCAGGGGGCCCCGCGAGGAUUUCGGGACAAGCGGCGCGCUGGAGACGAUCCGCGUCGCUGCGCCGGGGAUUGACGUCUGGAACCCGGCCUUCGAUAUUACUCCGGCGGCUCUGAUCGACGGAAUCAUCACCGAGGUAGGGGUGGUGGAGAAGGAUACGGACGGGCAGUAUCAUAUGGACGGGUUAUUUGGCACUCGUUGA